AUGGCGUCCUUUUCGUCGAAUGUUCCCUCGCGCCAUGCGCAGUAUGGUGAGCACUGGGGCGAGGGUGCAGCGCGCUGCUUCAGCCUAGAAGCCGACAUCCUUGACGAGGACCAUGCGGUGCGCCUCAUGCCAGUUCCGGACAGUUUCGUCUGUCCGAUCUCUGCAGCGAUCAUGGUGGACCCUGUUGCGACAGUGGACGGCUCCGUCUACGAAAGGAAUUACAUCGAAAGGUGGUUCCGGGAAAAGCGGCAGGAGGGAAAUCGCAUCACAUCGCCAAUCACAGGGCUAGAGCUGCCUUCGGCUACCCUGAUGCCUCUGGUGGCGCUGCAGCGUGCCAUCGAAGCAUACUUGGCCCAUCGGCCUGAGCUGAAGCGGGAACAAAUGGCAGGUCGUUCGUUUGAGGAAGCGGCCCAAAUCCUGCAGACUGACCUCUUCGAAAAGCAGGCCGCUCACGCUAGCACGCAAGACAAGCUGAAGAGGUUGAAGCAGGCCAACAAGGCUCUUCUGCGUGCCUUGCACGAAGCGGAGGAGCGCAUCUUGCAUUUGGAAAGCCAAUGCACCGGCCAAACCUCUUCUCCGUUCAAAGUGGCAGCCGAGGCAUCCGCGACCGCAGCAACGCGAGCGUCCAAGCCAGCCCCUCCACUGCGGAGACCGCCAGGACUCGGCAAAGACGGUGCGGCUAGCUCAGGUGACGAAGGCGAGACUUUGCCGGACAUGCCAACGGCUUCGCAAGGCAGAGUGCUCGUGCGGUGGCCAGGACACUCCACGCUGGUCUUGCUCGGAGGUGUCCUCCUUGCGCUGCUCUGUGUGGUGGCGGUGGUGGCGAUGCCCAGAGUGUCCGCCCCCGCUUCGCAGCCACUGCCGCCCGUUCUCGGGGCGCCAGGGCUCAGCCACGAGCCGCAGAGGCAGCAGACGGAUGUAAAUCCUGCUCUUGCAAUGCAGUUGGAGCAGCUGCAGAGUGGUAGCGCUGAGGAGAAGCAAAAGGCUGUUUUCAUGUUGAGAAUAUUCGCGGCAGAGCAUGCAGAGAAUCAGGCUGCAGUUGUUCAUUCCGGUGGCUUGCUGCCUCUGGUGGGGCUCCUGCAGCACGACGCGUCCGGACUGCGAGAAGAAGCAGCUCGUGCUCUGUGGAAUCUCGCCCGAAACAACAAGGAAAUCAAUGCCGCGAACCAGGUAGCCAUCAGCCGUGCCGGUGCUAUCCCGCCGCUCGUACGAUUGCUGGACGAUGACGAGCAGAGGAUACGUGUGGUCGCUGCAGCCGUUCUGAAUGAUUUGGCUGCAGACAACUCUGAGAACCAAGUCGCAAUUGCCCAGGGAGGUGCAAUCGGUCCCCUGGUGCGAAUACUCAAGCGUGAUGAGGCCCCUGCGCUUGUCAUGGCAGCGAGCCUUCUCAAGAACUUGGCGGCUUCAACAGCUGGCGACUCUCAGGUGACUGCCGCAUUGAUGUCUGCGGUACCGCCUCUAGUGGCACUUCUACGGGCCGACACCCUACUUGCCCAAGAGCAGGCGUCCUCUACACUGGGGGCGCUUGCAGCACAUAGCCGCGGGAUUCAGGCUGCCAUCGCCCGAGAAGGGGCGGUGACUCCGUUGGUCGAGCGGCUGCAUGGAGACAUGAUGAAGGGCACUGCUAUCGUGGCACUGCGAAACCUGGCUGCUCAGCAUGCUGAGAACCAAGCUAGCAUUGCCAAGGCAGGGGCAAUCGUGCCGCUGGUCAAGCUUCUCGAAGAUGGCAUGCCCGCUGUGCGCGAGGAGGCUGCGCAAGCCCUUUGGAACCUCGCACAAGACAACGUGGAGAAUCAGUUGGGAAUCGUGCGCGCUGGAGGUUCUGCACCCAUGGUUGCACUCCUCAAGGGAGACACGCAGGAGCAGGCCACCCUUACCUUGCUGGGCCUGUCUGAUAUGGCCGGCACGGGGUAA